AUGGAGUUUGGAAACGCUGGAGUCUUGAAUGAGGAUGGUAUCCACGUGGACAUGGACCGCCUCAAGAAGGGAGAGGUCAACCUGGGAACUUCGAUCAUGGCGGUUACAUUCAAGGACGGUGUCAUUCUGGGAGCCGAUUCGCGAACAACAACUGGUUCCUACAUCGCAAACCGAGUUACAGACAAGUUGACCCAAGUACACGACACCAUCUGGUGCUGCCGAUCUGGCUCAGCUGCCGACACCCAAGCUGUUGCCGACAUUGUCCAAUACCAGCUUGGACUAUUCGCUAUGACAAAUGGAAAGCCCCCCAUGACACAAACCGCUGCAUCCAUCUUCCAGGAGAUUUGCUACGCCAACAAAGACCGCCUGUCUGCCGGUCUGAUCAUUGCUGGCUGGGAUGAGCGAUUCGGCGGCCAAGUUUACUCCAUUCCUCUGGGCGGUUCUCUUCACAAGCAAGCAUAUGCUAUUGGUGGUUCUGGAUCGACUUACAUCUACGGUUACUGUGAUGACAACUGGGAGGAGGGUAUGGAGAAGGCUGAUGCCGUCAACUUCGUCAAGGGAGCCUUGAGAGAGGCCAUCAAGUGGGAUGGUAGCUCUGGUGGUGUUAUUCGCAUGGUUGUUCUCACCAAGGACGGAGCGGACCGACACUUGUAUCUCCCCGAUACCGACUACAAGGUGCGGCACGAGUAA